AAGCGGAAGCUGUAAUGAAUGUAGUUCCUGUCAUAGGCACCGCGGACGGACACAGGAGAUUCUGUCUGUUCAUGUAGACCCAGAGAUGUCGGAGUCUCCGGACGCCCGCAGUCUGCUCUCUGCUUCCUCCCAGCUCAACCUGAUGGAGGUGGACGCGAUCGAUGAUAAGGAGUUUGACAUUCCCCAAGUGGACACACCUCCCACACUGGAGAGCAUCCUCAAUGAGCUAGAGGAUGAGGAGGAACCAUUUGUGUUGGAGGACACCUGCGUACUAAGCACAGACAACAUGGAUGCUCACUCCUGUGACACAUCCUCUCUGGCCAGCUCUGACAGUGGAGACCCAGCACACCUCAAACGAAAAAAGAGGACCGUGGAUCUGAAUGCAACAGUUCAUGGGUCUGUUCUUCGGCACAGCCUGCUGAAGGGCAUCUCUGCACAGAUCGUCUCUGCUGCUGACAAAGUGGAUGCUGGACUGCCAACUGCUAUAACAGUGUCAGGUGUAAUUGCUGUGGGAACGUCUCAUGGCCUGGCUCUGGUGUUUGAUACCAACCAGGCCCUGCGACUCUGUCUGGGUACCAAGACAACUGGGGCAGAGUUUGGAGCUGUCUCUGCCCUCAGCAUCAACCAGGAUUGUUCACGACUUCUCUGUGGGUUUGCCAAAGGACAGAUUACAAUGUGGGAUCUAGCCAAUGGGAAACUUCUGAGAACUAUCACUGAUGCCCACCCUCCAGGAACAGCUAUACUGCAUGUGAAGUCUGAUCCGUCCAGUGUUCCUCAGCUGGCCUGGCAGUUUGUUCCUGUUCAGAAGACAGUCAACCCAAUCCUGGCUUUUUGCAAAGGAGACACAGUCCACUUCCUCCUGGUGAAGAAGGAGGAGACAGGGACCAUCCAUGUCAUCAAACAAAGACAGCUCCACCUCAGCUGUGACAUCAUAAGCCUGAGUUGGAUCAACAGUCGGACACUGGUCCUGGUAGACAGCCAUGAAAAGCUGCAUGUUGUGGACCGGCCCAGUCAGGAGGUUUUGGAGACUCUGGACUUGGAGCAGGUGCAGCUGGUCUAUAACAGCCGACAUUUCAAAUCGCUGGCCACUGGAGGGAAUGUCUCUCAGGCUCUGGCUUUAGUUGGAGAAAAGGCCUGUUACCAGUCAGUCUCCAGCUAUGCAGGACAGAUCGUCUAUUUGGGCACCAAGUCGGCUCACAUCAUGACUCUAAGGAACUGGAGAGAGCGUAUAGACUUCCUGCUGAAACAGGAGCAUUUUGUUGAGGCACUCUCCUUGGCCUGGUCCUUCCACGAGGGAACUGCUAAGGCUGUGGUUGGCCUGUUUGGAGAUCCAGUAAAAAGGAAAGCAGUGGUAGAUGACAAGAUGGUAGAGAUCCUUUGUCAGUUUGCAGAGAAUGCUUUGAAGAAGUGUCCAGAACAAGGCAAGAUCCAAGUGAUGGAGCAACAUUUCCAUGAUGUGAUUCCAGUCCUGGUGGAUUACUGCCUUCUGCUGCAGAGAGCCGACCUGCUGUUCAACCAGCUGUAUGCUCGGCUGGCGGAGAACACGGUUGCUAAGGGUGUUUUCCUGGAGUCGCUGGAGACGUACAUUGUUGCAGACCGCCUUGGUCACCUCACCACACCCAUCAUGAGGGACCUCCUGGCUCAUUACCAUAGCAAUGGUAUGAUGGACAGCCUGGAGAGAUGCAUUGUCCAUCUGGAUGUCACCAGCCUGGACAUACAGCAGGUGGUUCGAGUAUGCUGGGAGAACCAACUGUACGAUGCAAUGAUCUACGUUUUCAACAGCGGCAUGAAUGACUACAUUACACCUAUGGAGAAGCUCUUUGCAGUGAUUGGACCACCACUUAGGGAGGGGAGGAACCUAACAGAUGAAGAAGUGGUGAUGGGAAACAAACUUCUGGUGUACAUAAGCUGCUGUCUUGCAGGCAGGGCAUAUCCUCUGGGAGAUAUCCCUGAAGACCUUGUGGUUCAAGUCAAGAACCAGGUGUUUGAGUUCCUGAUCCGUCUUCAUUCAGCUGACUCGUCAGAGGAGGAAGAGGUUUUCCCAUUUAUUCGUACUCUCCUCCACUUUGACACCCGGGAGUUCCUCAAUGUCCUGGCCAUGACAUUUGAAGACUUCAAGAAUGACAAGCAGGCUCUUGAGUACCAGCAGAGGAUAGUAGACAUCUUACUACAGGUGAUGGUGGACAAUCCAGACUUUACUCCCUCCCAGGUGGGAGGGCUCUUCACCUUUUUGGCUCGACAGUUGGCCAAACCAGAUAACACACUUUUUGUGAACAGGAAGCUCUUUGAUCAGGUUCUGGAGUUCCUGUGUUGCCCAGACGAUGACUCCCGACACACUGAGAGGCAGCAGGUCCUGCUGGAGCUGCUGCAGGUUGGGGGUGUCGUCCAGUUUAAUGAAGAAAGGUUGUUGGCUUUGGCAGAGAAGGCCAAGUUCUACCAAAUCUGUGAAUUUCUGUAUGAGAAGAAACAUCUGUAUGACAGGAUCAUUGACUGCUACCUGAGAGACUCGCUCAGAAAGGGGGAGAUCUUCAGUUACAUCCACAAUCUGCUGUCCAUGCCUGGGUACAGCCCAGAAGAGAAACAAACAGUCAAGGACAAAGUACUGCAACACAUCCAGGAGCUGGUGACCCUUGACCCCAGCAAGUCAGCUGACAUAGUGGUGUUUCACUUAACUGAGGAGGUACAGCAAAUCAUCUCUGAGCUUGAGGAUGACCAGCUACUGUUCAAGUUCCUCAGCUGCCUCCUGGAGCCACGGGAGGGCCAUCAUUCAGGGAUCAUCCUGCCUCAGGAACGUGAUCUCCAUGAGCUUCUGCUGGACUUACUGUGUCGCUUCGCACCCCAGCAGCUCCUGAGCUUCCUCCAGGCCUCGCAGCACUACAGACUGGAGGAGGCCAUACAAAUAACAGAGAAGUACCACCACAAUGAGGCUACCGCCUAUCUGCUGGAGAAGAAGGGAGAUGUUCAUGGUGCUUUUUCUGUCUUGUUAGAGACACUAAAGGAAAAACUGUGUCUCCUCACUGCUGAGAGUGACACAGGAGUUGAAGGAGGAGAUGGAGAACAGGAUGAAGAAGAGAGAUGUAGUGAUUCAACUCUGAUGAGAGUAAAGGAUUCACUGAAUGAUAUAAUUGCCUUGUGUCACCGAAGCUCUCACAACCUGUACCAGCAACAAAGAGAGGCUCUGUGGUUCCCUCUGCUGGAGACCAUGAUGGCUUCUCAGAAACUAGUGAAGGGGAUCAAUGCCAAACACACCUCUGAGGUGCUGAAGGAGCUGACAAUGAAGGUUCUCAACUGUAUGAGCAGCUUCAUCUCUCUGCCUGCCAUCAUCCAGCGAAUACUGCAGGACCCUGUCUAUGGGAAAGGGAAGCUGGCAGAGAUCCAGGGCCUCAUUCUGGGUAUGCUGGACACUUUUAACUAUGAACAGACUUUACUUGAAACAACUACCAGUCUGCUGAACCAUGACCUCCACUGGUCCCUGGCUCACCUGCGUGCUGCUGUCACAAGGGGGCUCCACCCACGACAGGACUACUGUAACAUCUGCCUCCAGCAGUACAAGAGGAGGCAGGAUUCAGCUGAAGAGAUCAUAGUGUUCAGCUGUGGCCACCUGUACCACCUGCAGUGCCUGCAGCAGAAGGACUGUGGGUGGGGCUUUGCAUCAGAGCAGCAACAGCGGUGGAGCUGCUACAAAUGUUCCUCCAGCCAAGGAGGAAGGGGCGGGGCCUCCACCGAACCAAACAGAGGCCGCACCACGUCCCUGGCACAGACUCGUGUCACAUCCAUGCAUCAUGACGCAGGAGCAGAGGCUCACAGGAAGAAGGUGUUUGUUGAGGCAACAUUGGAUCUUCAGCAGGAACAGUCCUGGGAUCAGCUUCGCUGUUUAUAUCGAGGACCAUCCAGGUUGUCCAUCCUUUCAGAACUCUCCCAUAGCAAUGAGAAGACAGGGCUUCUAAUGCCAGCCCAAACAGGAACAGAAAAUUCCCAACUUAAACUCUCUCCUCCACCUCUGUUGGAAGAGUAGCAGCAUGAAUAGAAUUGGUUAAAAACAGGAGAUUGUGCUUCUUCUGAUUUUUUUAUGUUCACCUAACUAUUCUACAUUAUUGUGGAUUGUGGACUUCCACUGCUUUUUUGUUGUGAAACAUUUGAUAUUGUAGAACUAUAUGAUGUAACUAAAUCAAAAUGUUUAUUUCAAAACAAACUUGUUUAAAAUAGAUCAUGUUGAGUCACUCUGAUAAUUUCACUGAAUGUGGCUUUAAUUUCAUCUUUUGUUUAUUCUGGAUGAACCAUGUGCAUAUUGGAGCUGGGAUGUCAAAAGGUGGACCCUAACAUCACUGCAGUGUUAUAGCAUUUGUUUUAGGAAAUGAUGAAGUGUUUGCUUACUAGCAUAUUUCAGCUUGUGAGAGAGAUCUCCCAUUAUGUUGGAAUGUAUUUUGUUCUAGUAGAAUCCAACUUUGACUGUGAUACCUGCAGAGCAGAGUUUGAUAAACGAUAAAUCCUGUUUUUUCCUGUUUUGACAUUGUUACGGCAAUCUUCUGUUGAAUAAAGCACAGAGUCAACGGUU